GCCUACUCAUGUUACUGAAAUAUAUAUGCAGUCCCUUGUGAAUCACGUAUUAAUCGAGACCUUAAACUACGGUUGGAAGGAUUAGCGAUACAUUUACUAGACUUACUUAAAUACUAGAACGGCAGAACCAGUUUUAUACACAUCUUAGCGGUACUUAAUAUAUAUAUAUAUACUAGGAGACACGAUGCGUCUAACAAUCGGCGCCUGGCGAGCAGUGAUGGGGAGCCUAAUGGCUGUGGUUGUUUUGGCGAAGCAGGGCGGAGGAUCUUGCGAUGACGGAUUCGACUGUUCGUAUAAACUAGAACCUCGGACUGUUUAUUCGCAAGCCAUCGAUUCAGACAUUGUAGUAACUUAUGAGCAGCUAAAGGAGAUGAUAGCCACUGGAAAUGUGCAGCUGUUUGAUGUUCGCAAUCCAGAUGAAUUUGAGGAAGGUUCCAUCCCAGGAGCCACUAAUAUUCCAUUGGGGGACCUGGAGAAGGCGUUCAGGCUGACUCCAGAUCAGUUCAGACAGCAUUAUGGGGUCUCCAUGCCUGAGAAAAGUGACUGUAACUUCAUACUCCACUGCCAGAGGGGUCGCCGCAGUCUCACUGCACUGGAGACUCUCAAGCCUCUGGGAUACGUCAGAGCACGUCAUUAUGCUGGAGGUUACAGUGAGUGGGCUCAACUUGAAGCACAGUGAAACCAUGUUUAUAUAACAACUGUUCUGGUAUCAGUUUAUAGACAGGCCAGCACUGAUGAAAAAAAAACUUUGAAUAUGGGACAGAUUCCAGAUCCCAUACAUGCAGUUUGCAUUUGAGGCCAACAGUUAUUUGAGUGCAGUAUUUAUUUGGAUGGAAUAUUUACAUUUGGGGCUUUCUAAAGCCCAUAAAAACCUUUCUGUUGCCCUGCCACGUUUUGAUCAAGAUGAAAAAUAAACAGGUAGGCAGACAUUCAUACUACUCUACUAAAUGGUCUGUGAUUUUUUGGAACUUAUUUACAAUGCUAGAAGGGGGCCUGCAUUUGAACUUGCCAUUGUCUUCUGUAUACAUUGUCAUAUCCUCUUCAUUGAGUUGUGCAUUUCCAUUUCAUUUAGGCAUUUUAAAUAGGACUACAUCUAAACAGAAUUACCUCUUUCAUGGAGACUUGAAAAAUUACAUUCAAGAUGUUUGGUGGUUUGCUUUGUUAUUGAAUCAGAAAUAAAAAAAUAUAUUUUUAUGACA